AUGGACUCUGAGAUAGCCCAAGCCUCGCGUCCUUCGAGUUUGAGCAAACUAGUGAAGCUCAGUAGAGGCAGUAAGAAGAAGGGUUUGACAAAUAUAUCAGGACUGUACGGACUUGGCGGUCGCACGAACCCCGAGAACGAUAAACCCGAGACAGACGAGGAAAGUAAGAAAGACGAGGACGACGACGAAGAAGACAACGAGGGCGAGGGGACCAGACGAGAUAAAAACGAAGAACGGAGCAGAUCCGCAGGUAGAGCCAACAAAUAUAGAAACCCAGGAUUUGGUAGGGAUUUCUCUGAUCCCUCAUAUCCACACGCUGCAGCUAGUUUUGAGACUUUAAAGCCUGAGCAAUCUGAACCGGAACUCGAGAGCGUAAAACCGUCAGCUCCACCACAGAACGUUGGCAAGACUCGGAUUACGAUAUCUGAUAAUUUGAGCACUGAUGACAACAGGAAGAAUCGGCGUCUCUUGGCUCUGAAGCCCAAAUCACCAAAGCCUGCUUCUCCAUCAAAUCUCGACACAUCUGGUGAGGCAUUACACCCUUAUUAUACUAGUUCGAGUGAUUCUAAUGAAAUAGGACCAGAAGUACCAGGAGGAUUCCAGGGGAAACACUUAAUCGAGGAUUAUCAGUUGCAACUGAUGCUCCUAGAGCAGCAGAAUAAGAAACGGCUUAUGAUGGCCAGGCAGGAACAAGAGGGCGAAGUUUUUGGCGCCAGCGAAAAUCGCGGUCCGAUAGAGUAUGGCUUUAAUAUACUUCAAGCCAAUGGCUACAACUCCCUCAAUCCUAGUGAUCAGAUGAAGAGAGGUCCAACCUACAUGAAUCAUUUCGGUAUACCAUCAUCGCCUCUUCCAGAAGGGCCAUCUGCCGGCUCGUAUAGAGGUGAUACGAACUUUAACUUACGUGGCGGUUCAUCUGAUCCGACCGUGGACUCUCCAUACUUAACCAAUAUGAACUCACCUAAUAUGGAUAUCUUCAAGAUGCGUGCUCCAAGUCCUCAUCCUGGAGCUGCCGCCAACCAAAUGGUAUCACAACAAAUGGCCCUGAUCCAGCAACAAGUGGCCAUGGCACGCCAGCAACAAAUGGCACAGCAAAACCUACAGCAAAUGGCUUUGAACCCUCAAAUAGAUUCCGUUUAUACCAUGAACGUCCGCUCCUGGUCAUUUGACGAUGCCUUCAACCGUGUCAGCACUUGGUUUACAUUAGAAAUAAAAGGAAGUGAAAAGACAGAAUAUGCUAUCAGAGAUUUAAAUAUCAGACCGAUUGCAUACGCCAGUGACGAGGAUAGAAAAAUACUUCAAAGUCGCGGAGAAAUGUUUUGGAAGUGUAGAGAGAGGCACUUUGUGUCAUAUCAGGAGCAUGGUCGUGACAAUUUACACGGUGCUAGUGAAGAGAGGUAUAUGAUCGACAUGAAGACAUUUCGCGAGCUCCAUCCAGAAGAUGAGAGGGAAAAGAAGGCGCUCCACCCAGAAGAUGGGAAGAACAAGGCCUCCGAUACUUUGGAUGAAGACGCCAUGGCGCAAGACAGUCCCCCAUAUCCGAGUUUCGUGUACUUACCUCCUUCGAAGAUCAUUGGCUACAACGUGGUCUGGGACAAGAAGGCGUUCAAAAAGCUGGUGCUUGCGCAGAAGACGAAAGACUUGAUUGAAGCUUUGAUUGUCAAUCAAAUUGCAGCCGAGAAAUCGACGGAUCUGAUCAGUGGAAAGGGCAAUGGGCUCAUUAUUCUACUACACGGAGGGCCAGGUACUGGCAAGACUCUAACUACAGAGGGCGUUGCCGAAAUUGCAGAGAAGCCUCUAUAUAAGAUCACUUAUAGAGACAUUAAAUCAAAGCCUGAGGAAGUUGAACAGUUCCUCAAUUCAGUGCUACACUUGGGCAAAGCCUGGAGUUGCUUCGUUCUGCUAGACGAAGCCGAUGUCUUUCUUGAGGAAAGAAGUAUGAGCGACAUUAAACGAAAUGCACUUGUUUCUACUUUCCUCCGCGUUCUAGAAUAUCACGACGGUAUUAUCAUCCUCCCCAGCAACCGUGUUGGCGCUUUCGACGAAGCGUUCAAGUCGCGCAUUCAACUCGCCUUGCACUAUCCAUCACUGACAAGAGACAAGCGCUACGAGAUCUGGGCAAUGUUCAUAACACGGCUCCGAGAGCUUGGAGAGACGCAAGUCGACUUUUCAAACCUGGAAGACCAUCGGUGGGACUUGGCGGACUAUAAGCUCAAUGGACGACAGAUUCGAAAUGCGAUUCAGAUAUCGCGGCAGUAUGUGUCUUGGAAGAACGCGAAGGAGAAGAUGACGUUGAAUUUUGAGAUCUUGAAAGAGAUUAUCGAGAUUUCGGGAGAAUUUGAUACCUAUAUUAACAAAUUGAAUAAUGGGAUGUCUCCGUAUUAA